UACUAGGACGUUGUCUCUGCUGUCUCCCUCAUAGCUGUCCCCUAACUGCCAAGGUACCCUAGAACCCUGAUGGCGAACUUCAAGGGCCAUGCCCUCCCGGGCAGUUUUUUCUUGAUAAUUGGACUGUGGUGGUCAGUGAAGUACCCGCUGAAGUACUUUCACCAAAAGGGGAAGAAGAUGCAACUGAGUCACCAUCAUCAGCGUCUUGAGAUCAUUGAAGCUGUAAUCAGGAUCUUGUUCUCUGUCAUUGGGAUCCUGGCGGAGCAGUUUGUCCCUGACGGGCCCCACCUGCACCUGCACGAUGGGAGCCACUGGGUGAAGCUCAUGAACUGGCAGCACGCCACCAUGUACCUGUUCUUUGCCGUCUCCGGGGUCGCCGACGUGCUCACCUACCUGGUCACUCACGUCCCCUUGGGAGUGGACAGACUGCUUAUGGCGGUGGCAGUAUUCACUGAAGGUUUCCUCUUCUACUACCACGUGCACCACCGGCCGCCCCUGGACCAGCACGUCCACAUGCUGCUGCUGUUCGCGCUGUUCGCAGGCAGCGGCUGCCUGUUCGUGGAGGUCAUGGUCCGCGACAACUUCGUGCUGGAGCUGUUCCGGACCAGCCUCCUCAUUCUCCAGGGAACCUGGUUCUGGCAGAUUGGGUUUGUGCUGUUCCCGCCCUUCGGGACUCCGGAAUGGGACCAGAAGGACGAGGGGAACCUCAUGUUCAUCACCAUGUGCUUCUGCUGGCACUACCUGGGUGCCCUCUGCAUCGUGGCCACCAACUACUCGCUCGUCUACUGCUUACUGACCCGGAUGAAGAAACGAGGAGAAGAGGUCAUUGGGAUUCAGAAGCUGACGUCAGAUCACACCUACCAGACCGCCCUCCUGAGCAACUCAGAUGAGGAAUGAGAGCCAGCAGACAGCAGGUGCUUUCUUAGAACGCAAGGGGACGGCCACUGCAGAGGUGCCACUGUGGCUGGCACGCCUUCCUGACAGAGUAUUUGCGCGCCCACCAGCGAGACGCGCCUCGGCGGGAACCCCGCACUGCGAUACCCCCCACGGCCCUGCUGCUCCUCAGGAGUCCAGGCACGCAUGCAGGCCGACCGAGACACAAACCCAUGGCUGCCAGAUGGCUCCCAGCCUUGCAGGGCACUGGUGCAGCCACGCACCACUCUGGCUGGGCCUCGGGCGUUUUUUUAAAGUAAAAUAAAUCACAAGCUUUCAUACAUUCUGUACGUCACUUGUUAAGCACCCCCAACUAAUCAGUACCAGAGUACUACCACUAUUGAUGUGACAAAGUUAGGCCGAACGUUCUACCUUUUUUCCUUUGGGUUGUGGGCCAUUUUGCAUAGAGAAAUUUGUCACAGCUGUCGUGACAACCUAAUAAAAUCAGGAAGCUGAGCUGGAACUCGGGUCCUUUGAAUCCUCAGUGACCACAGCAGAGGGUCUCAUCAUGAAACGAGAAAAUGCUGGCUGCACAAGGCCUCGGGUUUCAACGUGGCUGAGAGCGAAGGCCGGGAAGGCCGCACAGGACAGUGGUCCCCAGCACCACGGCGUCUGGACAGUCUCGUCUCAGAUUGAGAUAAGCCUUUACCUUAAACUUCCUCCAAUAAAUAGGAAACAUCCGCGUCGUGCCAGGCUGAAAUGGCCUUACACACCAGGGAGGGGGGCCAGCAAGGAGUCAGCAGGCCGGGGAGGGAGGCUGCGAGAGUACAGGCUUACACCUGGACGAGGGCUGGGGGCAGGGCAAGAAGGGGAGCCACCGACAGCCCAGCAGCUCGGGCAGCGCUGGGCACGCAGGCAGCAGGCGCUGACGGGCAGGGGAGCGGAAGGUCAACUCUGUAGCCUGCUUAGCGGGUGAGGCCAAACCAAAGGUUCCUAGAGCCCGAGUAGCGCCUUUCUCCCAGCACGUCCUGGACUCUGGGCCACUCUCUCCCACUCGGUUCUCGUAACCUGUAACUUAAGAAGGACCCCAGCAAAGCCGUCCAGCGUGCGGGCGCAGCUGCCAAGUGGCAGAGCCAGUCUGAGCAUGACUCAAAGCCCAGCAUCGUCCCUCCACCACUCUGCUCCUGCAAACCCGGCCGACCUCACCACUAUGAAGCACUGGGUGCUCCAGGGAAGUUGCUGCUCACAGGUGACCUCCCACUGUUG